CAACGCGAGCAAGACAGACUUCCGAUCAUCAGGUCGAGCGAGGAAAAGAUCUGCGUGAUACUGAAAACCGAAACGGUCAAGCGUAACGUGCGUCCGAUGAAUACGUGGUCGCAAGUGCUGAGCUGAUAGAAGUGAUGAGCUGAAGUCGGAGUGUGUGAGUGUGUGUGCGCGGUUCGCCGCCGCAGCUCGGGAUCGCGUCAAUGAAUCGGAGUGUGGUGUUGUCCCCUUAUUGAAGAUACGUACUGCUCGGAUUCGGGGCAGUCGAAUCGAAGUUCAUCGACAAUGCCCCCGGCGCCGUCCGGAGGAGAAUUCCAACAAACAGCCAAGGGCCCUUGUUGCAGAAGUGAGGAGUGAUGCGGACUCUCAACGACUGUUUGGUCCCGAUAGGACCAACCGUGUUGUACAUCGUUCUCGUGUCAGCACUCGUCUGCUCGGCUGAUGGCAACGGGGAAGAGCUUCCUCAGAAAUCGGCAACGCAAGGUGACAACGUCAUCUUAGAUUGCCCAUUUGAAUAUCCUGAUGGAACUCCGGUGCCCUACCUGGUGCAAUGGCACAAGAAAGACCACAAAAUCCCCAUCUACAUAUGGUAUGAUGGAUAUCCACCCCACGCGUCUGACGACUACAAAGAUAGAGUCUCAUUGUCAGGAAAAUCGUCUCUCAAUCUGACCAGCGUGAGAGAGUCUGAUAAGGGCUGGUACGAAUGCAAGGUGUUUUUCCUGAGCCGUGAAACCAUGAAAAAUGGCACUUGGAUUUAUCUCGACGUCUUAGCUCCACCGCACUUCCGCUCAAAGCCACCUGAAAUUCUCUACGUUAAGGUGGGCGAAUCUCUUGUGCUCCCCUGCAAGGCAGACGGUACGCCCGCACCCCAACUCAUCUGGGAGAAGGAAGGACAGCUGGUCGAGGAAGGAAUCGAUAAGCACGUCGUCAUUACGGAGACUGAACUCAAAAUCGGUUCUCUGCGCCAAACAGAUGUCGGCGAAUACGUCUGCGUGGCUAAAAACUCACAAGGCUCAGUCAGCACUAGCUCGAAGGUGAUCAUCGCCGGGCCCGCCGUGAUUACCUCGCCCCCCACCAACCUCACAAAGCUCGAAGGAAAUCAUGCCGAGUUUAUUUGCGAAGCCAAAGCGCUUCCCGCUAACAUCACUCACCGGUGGCUCUAUAAUGGCGUCGAUAUAGCCAAGGUCAGCUGGCUCCACGCACGGAUCCUUCUGCGUCAAGACGGGACCCUGUUCAUAUAUCCCACGUCUGCGGAAGAUUCCGGAUGGUACACCUGCGAAAUUUCGAAUGGCAUCGGCCAACCCGACACCGCCACUGCAUACCUAAACGUGGAAUACCCUGCACGGGUGAAUUUCACACCCAACUUCCAAUACAUGCCGCUGCAUCUACCUGGAAUGAUCCGAUGCUUCAUCCAGAGCAAUCCGCCGAUUCAAUUCGUGACUUGGUUCAAAGACCGGCGGCCGUUUGAUGCUAACACCAUGAGUGAUUUGGUCAUGUUGAACAACGGGAGUUUGUAUUUUCAAAAUGUCACGCAUGAACAUCAGGGUCGAUAUCUGUGUUCACCUUUCAACAUACACGGGACGGGUGGCGCUUCAAAAAUCAUGGAAGUACUCGUGCGGGAACCCCCUAUAUUCAGUUUGAAGCCAAAGGAAAUAUACCAGCAGCCACGCAAUACGGAAAUAUCAAUGAGCUGCGAAGGCAGGGGGCAGCCGCAGCCAACGGUUACGUGGCGGAGAGCCGACGGUCGAUCUCUGCCUAAACAACGGCACCUGAUAAAUAAAGGCAAUCUGACUUUGAAAAGCAUCCAGAAAGAAGACCACGGCCGUUACGAGUGCAUCAUCCAGAAUGAAGUGGCCACGCUCGUCACGUCCAGUUUGCUGCUUGUAGAAAGCACUACCCCACACGCACCUACAAACGUGUCAGUGAACACGUCGGCCUUCGCGGCAACCGUGUCCUGGCUGCCUGGCUACGACGGUGGACACAAGCAGGAAUACAUCAUUUGGUACCGGCUAGCCCAUCAAGAAGAUGUCGACUGGAGAACGAUACGUGUCGUUCCUGAGAACGCAGUGUCUCUUACCAUCCACAAUCUUCAGCCAGAGUCAACCUACGAGUUCCAAGUUCUUUCCCGGAACGCCUUCGGCGACGGGUAUUUCAGUGAGAAGAUCCUUGCCAACACCAGCAAGUGGAAUUACAUCGAAGGCGCCUACCCAACGGAUGCGUAUGGAGCCACGUACAUACCAACCGUGAAUCGGACGCCGUCAGGUCCGAAACCACCACAGCCUCAGAGCGUGGUCGUCAAAGAGCCUCAACCGAGUCAAACGGGCAUACACGUAUCGUGGCUCCCUCCGUCACAACCGAAAAAUUCCAGCGUGCCGAUUGCGUACUACACCGUGGAGUACAAGCUGGAAUCGAGCAAUGCAUGGACGCGCUCGAAGUCCAACAUUGUUCCUGGGCCAAAUCAGGCGAUGCAGAGAAUGCAGUACAUUUUGACCGACUAUCCAACGCACGCUCACAAGUUGAUUAUUCGAGUUGUUGGCUACACGCUGAUGGGGGCUUUUCAACCGUCUCCGGAAAUCAGUUUACUACUCGCGGAGAACGAGCGGAACACGAAGAAAAGACAACAAGCCAUACUAUCAGGUAUGCGGGAAAAUGACCCCCUCCUUUCGAAGCGAGAGAUUGAAACCGGGACUCUCCAGAAUCGCAGAAUUCAUUCCCAAUUCCCAUUCAUUCCACACUGAGGAAAGUCAUACUAAGGGGUGAUUGACAAUCUUUUAGGAAUCAUCGGUGGAAUUUUGUUCUUUCUGGUUGCCAUCAUAAUGUCGCUGUGCGCCGUGAAAAUUUGCAACAAGAAGAAGCGGCGACGGACAGAGAAAGCAUACAUGAUGGUCACGUGCGCGCAGGGCACACAACCGGGACCGAUUUCCACGGGAACACUCGCUGAUGUAUGCUCACAUACGCAAAGCAGUCCUAUGUCCAUCAAGAAAUGA